AUGAAGAGGCACGCACUCUACCCCGUUUCCUGUUGUACGCCGGUUCGUCGUCGUCUCCGUUCAGUGUUCGAUGUUGUUAUGGCGGUAGACAUCGCUGUCACCACCGCUGCUGCGUGGCGAGCGACAAAGCCGAAGAACGCCCGCAUAUGUAUACCGCUACUAAUUGCAUUCCACGCAUGCCACGUGACUUACGGCCGCCAGCCUUUUGUAAACACUGCGCGUCGCGGCGGCGGCGGUGGCGGCGGCGGCGGCGGCGGCGGCGAUCGUCGGUUCGUUCGUUCCGCUACCUGUAUACCGGCCGCUGUGGCUGAACGCGGACCAGUUGCCAAGCCUCCUGCCGCUUCGAGACCGCUUCUGCGGGACGUGAGUGAGUAA